UGUAAAUCUUUAUUAGUUAAUCAUGAAGUUCUUUUUCGCAGGAAAUUUAAUUUUUCUUUUUACAGUUGUGCAAAGUUUUCCUUUUUCUCGUCCCACUGGGCCUGAUUUUCCUACCUUUUUACCUGGUGAUGGCUUUUUUGGUGACACUGAAAGUAGAGCUCAUAUCGAUGCAAGCGCAUCUUCAUCAGGUGAAGGUAUUGAGGGCCUUCGAAAAUUUGGAAUCGGAUGUUCUGGAAAUGCGGGCUUCCCUGAUGGACCUGAUGGACAUGAUAUGCCAGGAGGUAGUUUUCGCAGAGGACAUGGAGAUGGAGGAGGGCCUCCAUUUAUGACGGGAGAUGAAUUCGAUGCAACCAGCGUGGCAUUAGCAGGCACUGAUGCAUUUGCCCAAGGUGGUGGAGGAGGCGGUCCUUUUAUGAUGGGAAAUCGUUUUGAUGGAUUUAGCAUGGGUGCAGCCAAUGCCAAUGCAGGAGCCGGUGCAAAUGAAGGUUCGCAUUUUUUAACAAGUGGAGUAAGUGGUGCACUUGGAAGUGCAACUGCAUCUGCGAAUGCAGCUGCUGGUAUCGAUGCGGGGCCUGCAAGUGCACAAUCUGUGGCUCAAACAAAAUCUGACACUAUCUCGACUGGAAAUGGAGUCAUCAGUUCAGCCACUUCAUUUUCAUCUUCUUCCGCCACUUGAAUGGCUUCAAUUUUUUGAUAGAAAAAAGUUGUAAUAGCAUUAGUAUUAAAAAAUUUGUUUCAUGUACCAAAAAAUAUAGGUAAAUUACCAAAAGAUAGUAUCGGUAAAAGAACCGGAAGAACGAUCAAAACUUAGCUUUGACCUUGAAAUAAUGAUAGUAGCAUUCCGUAUAUAGAUAUAUAUUUUUUAAAUUGCUGGAAAUGUAAUAAAAAAUUUGCUUCAAAUGAGCGCUAGUUUGAGUAAUUUACUCUAGGAUUUAUUAACUUAUCACCAGAAAGUGGACGAGAGCAGUCUGAAGUAGCGCACUGAGCCUAGGCUCGGCUUCUACGUUGCGCAGAAUCGGCGCGACGCAUGGAGAGAAAUGGUGGGAAAGCGUCGGAUGUGUCCGACGUGUGUACGCUCUCCCCACUUUCCGCCACGCAGCGGUUCUCCGCUAUGAGAGAGCCGAGCCUAGGCUCGGUGCGCAAUUUCAGAUUGGGCUCGUCCGUUCUUUGAUUAUCAAGUGAAAAAGAAAAAAAUGAAAUACCGAUUUCCAAGGAAUUUUGUACUCUAACUUCAACAGUUCGUAAGAGAUCGAUAAAUGAAUUUUUAUAAUUAGUAUUUUAAAAAAGUGUUCUCCAGGAAUUUAGAUUUCCUUUAGAAGUAAAGACUAAUUUUUACUAGGUAAACCGGAUAAUGGUUCGAUUCUAUU